AUGAAGAGGUCAGACUGUUGCCUGUCGGUCCUGAUGCAGGAGUCUGGAUUUUACGUGCGAGCACGUUCAAGUUCAAGUGUGACUCGAGUGUUUGGCAGCUGCGAGGGGGACGUUGAUUUGAGUGAUGGUUUGGGCGGAGCUUCAGAGUUGGCAUUCAUCAAGGAACCCAGUGAUGUCAUCGCUGUGAGGGACCGCCCCCUCAUGCUGGACUGUCAGGUGGAGGGGGAGGGGCCUAUCACGAUUACCUGGCGACGGAAUGGCGUUCCCGUACCUCUUGUAGCGCGAGCAGCCGUGCUGGAUAACGGGACGCUCCUGAUUCUGAACUUCCAGAAACGGCGUGACGGUGACGAGAGUGACGCGGGCGAGUACGACUGCGCAGCGCAGAACCGAUACGGGCUGAUCAUCAGUCGCAAAGCACACGUGCAGCUCGCAUCGCUACCGAAGUUCCACACGCACCCAGAGUCCAUGAGUGUGGAUGAAGGUGGCGUCGCUCGCUUUUAUUGCGCGGUCAGUGGCGUCCCGGAGGCCAACAUCACCUGGGAGCGAAACAGAACCACACUCAACACUGAUGAUAACAGGUACACACUCCUGCCCAACGGCAUUCUGCACAUCACUGGAGUGCGUCGUGUUGACAGCGGCACGUACAGAUGUGUCGCUAAAAACAUCGCUAACACUCGUUACAGUCACGAGGCACAACUAUUUGUCACAGUUGCAGCUAAUCGUCUGUAUAAGGAGCCGGUGAUUCUCUCUGGUCCUCAGAAUCUCACUGUAAACGUUCACCAGACAGCCAUCCUCGAGUGCAUCGCCACCGGUAACCCGCGACCCAUCGUCUCCUGGAGCAGACUGGACGGCCGCUCUAUCGGUGUGGAGGGCAUUCAGGUGUUGGGUUCAGGUAAUCUCAUCAUCUCAGACGUGUCUGUGCAGCACUCUGGUGUGUACGUGUGCUCCGCUAACAGACCCGGAACCAGAAUGAGAAGAACCGCACUGGGCCGACUGGUGGUGCAAGCUCCUCCAGAGUUCCUGCAGUGGCCGCAGUCGGUGUCUAAACCUGCGGGCAGCAGCGCGGUCUUCACCUGUCAGGCUCAAGGUGUUCCUGAUCCUCACCUCAUCUGGCUGAAGAACGGGAAGAUCCUCACACCUGGAGACCACGUCAAACUCACCAACAACAACAGUACGCUGGCUGUGACGCGCAUCACCGCUGAAGACGAGGCCAUUUAUCAGUGUAUCGCAGAGAACGGCGCCGGAACUAACCAGGCCAGCGCCAGACUCGCCGUUUCUCAGUCCACCGAACUCCCAGAAGCCCCUCAGGACCUCACGGUCACACCGCUCUCAACCACCUCACUGCAGAUGCGCUGGAAGCAGCCGGAACCACACGUCACCGACCGCAUCAUCGGAUACGUGCUGCACAUCCGCAAACUGGGCGAGCCUGACAGGAGUGAGCUUCAGGAAGCCGUUAGUAAAGACACAUUUGACCAUGAGUUCAGUAAUCUGGAGCCAGCGACCACCUUCUCCAUAUACGUGAAAGCGUACUCGCCGCUGGGCGCCAGCCAACAGUCCAACACUGUCAUCACCACGACACUAGGGGGCGUUCCCAGUAUGCCCAGUUUCUUCACUAAGGUUCUGAACAGUACAGCGAUGCAGGUGUUUUGGGAGUUGCCCAGUAAACCGGGUCGAGUGGAGGGAUUUAAACUCUCUCAUCGAAUGCUGCCACAACAGAAGUUUGGAACAGAAGAGAGAUUCCCCGGCCACAUCAACACACACACCAUCUCUAACCUGGAAUCUGCAGGAGUGUAUGAGAUUCAGCUCGCUGCCUUUAAUGGAAACGGCGACAGCAUCAGCAACAAGCGACUCGUCUCAUUGGCUGAGACAGGAAAGAGUGUGAAAGAUACAGCAGCAGGGCAGAGUGUGUGUAACUGUCAUCAGGAUGCUGAUGGCUCAAUGACUGGCAUCGUGGUUGGAAUUCACAUUGGCAUGGCCUGCAUCAUAUUCUGCGCUCUGUUCCUGAUGUUUGGAUACAGGCACAGUUUCUUCUGUAAUAAGGGCACUAAGGGUGACUGGAGUUUGUCAGGAGGAAGCGGCUCACAGAGAGACUCGACAGCUAAAGACGCCACCAUCUGCACUGCUGCUGAUGCUAUAGAGCUAACGCCACAGGGUGUUACAGCAGAGCAUCAGGCAGCUACAGGUCAGUGUGAGGUCAUGAUUGAACCUCUCCACCCACCGGGCACAAACAUGGGCACCAGCACUGGCACAGGGUGA